AUGGCGGAAUCUCCUCCUCACCCGCACACCGCACCAAAGCCAUCGAGUGCCACAACGAACCAACUGACGUCCGCCCGGCACGAGAUCUUCCCACGCGCCACCGUCGAGGCGAACUGCCCGCCGGUGUGCCUGGCCGUGUACCCGGGGCAGCACAGGCGCGACUACGCGUCAUCGAAGGUCGUCGGGAUGCGGUGGCCGAUGUUUGCGUUCGCGUUCGGCCCGGGCCACGUCAAGGUGGCCAACAACAUGUUUUUCGUCACGGGUGCCUACAUGUGUAGGGAUAGCUACAUGUACAAAGACAGCUAG